CCGCCGCCACCACGCUCGUCCUCUCCGACGUUGUUCCUCCCAUCCCCCACCCCCGUCCCCCAAUGGAUUUUUGCUGCUUCAAAACCCAUACGGGAAAUGGGCUUCCAUUCGAACCUUGCGUGUACCCGGACGGGCUUCAAGAAUUCCAGCAUUUCGACGAUGCUUUUGAUCAUGUCCCGACAGCGGCAGAAGCGUACGCUUCCGGCUUCGACCUCAAGGCCUUGUCAUCACCACAAGUCGGCCUCCAGAUCGGGAUGCCUGUUGAGGCCUUCCAGUGCAUGGCCGGCCUAUCAUCAGGCUAUCCGCAGAGAAGCCACGGCGGCCGCCCGGGGCCGGAUCCCAGCCUGUCCUCCAUGGUUCUCGGCGUCGAGCCUCUCGUGGCCUUCGGGCCCCCUGACGAGCUCUCCUUCGUCGCAGGCGAUAGCAAAUCUUGCAGGGGAGGAGCUGAGAUGAACAGGAAGUGCACACCCGUGAAGAAAAGCAGCGGGGCCAAAAUCCACAAGAAGCCGAAUGUAGUGAAGGGGCAGUGGACCCUGGAAGAAGACAGACUGUUAGUGAAAUUGGUAGAGCAAUAUGGAUUGAGGAAGUGGUCGCACAUAGCUCAAAUGUUGCGUGGGAGGAUAGGAAAACAAUGCAGGGAACGAUGGCACAACCAUUUGAGGCCUAACAUCAAGAAGGAUACUUGGAGCGAAGAGGAGGACAGAAUUCUGAUCCAAGCCCACUCAGAAGUAGGGAACAAGUGGGCAGAAAUUGCCAAGAGGCUGCCUGGGAGGACCGAGAACUCCAUCAAGAACCACUGGAACGCAACCAAACGGAGGCAGUUCUCCCGAAGGCGGUGCCGUAACUCCAAGUACCCCAAAUCAGGCUCCCUCCUGCAGAACUACAUGAAGAGCUUGGCUCUGCAAUGGGGCUCAGCACCAACAGUCCCAGCAGCAUCUGCGGCAGCCACUAAUGCACCGGCAGACAACCGCCUCAAGAGCACAGAAAGCAAUGAUGGUGGCUCGGAGGCAUCAAAGACCCUGACAUGCAUACCUGCAGAAGGUCUGCCCAUAGCCGUAGGUGCAGAUGUCUGUGGAGUUAGCGAUGACAUCCUGACCUGCGACUUCAGUGACAUGGAUAAUCUUCUGCUUGACGAUAACAAGGUCGAUGUGCCGCCCGAGAGAUAUGUGGGAUACCUCUUUGACCAGCUGGGGUGCUGUCCAGGGAUGAAGGGCUCCUUUGACGUAGAGAUGGCGUGGGAUGAGAUGGCAGACCCCAUGCCGAUGCCAUGCGAGGCGGAUAUGAAGGUAAAGGUGAAGAAGGAGAUGGACCUGGUGGAGAUGAUCGCUCAAAACAACAAUGGCGCCGACAGCACCAGCACCAGCAGCAGUAGCUGUAACCAGUUCUGAAACCAUCCAUGAGGAUUACGGUUUGCUAAACUGGAGGGAAGUCCUUUUCCGCGCGUUAUGCAUGCUUCCAAGAAUCUGCAUAUAUAAUCAGCUGGGAUGAAGUAUCUAUAUUAUAUAAUCUUAGAAGGAUCAAACGAACUUUAUUAUCAGAAAAAGAAAGAACAAGCAUAAGAAUAAUGAUAAUUGCGUCACCACAGUGAUGUAUAAGUAAGAGAUGUAGGAAUGUCGCCACCUUUUUCUUUUGCCUGCUCCUGGUUAUAAAACUUGCGCUGCUUCUAAGAUUGUG